UUUCCCCGAUUCCGAUGAAGAAAUCCAUACAAGAAUGAAAGACGGAAGAAAGAAUCUUCUUCACAAGGCCAAUUCAAUACUCGAAGCCCAAUCACCAUACAUAUAUAUAUUACAAUCCGGGCUCUACUUUAAGAAGCACAGUGAAACUGUUGUGGUGUUCAAGUUUGAGAAGAAGAGCAAUGGAAGGAAAGCAUAAUUAUACGUUGAAGUUAGUCUGGUUUAUGGUGGGCGUGCUUGGUGCUGCGGUGAUAAUAAGCGGCGGAGUAAAUGCGGCGAUAUCGUGCUCAACGGUGACGUCGGAUUUGAGUGGAUGUCUGUCGUAUGUCACCGGCGGCUCUUCACAGCCGUCAGACAGCUGCUGUGGGGGCGUCCGCAAUCUCAACAGCGCCGCCGCAACUCCAGCUGAUCGACGAAGCGCAUGCAGCUGCAUUAAAACCAUUGCAGGCGAGGUCCCAGGUUUCAGAUGGGAUAGGGCCGGCCAAUUACCUGGACAGUGCGGGGUUAAUAUUGGUUUUCCCAUCACAUCUAAAUUUAACUGCUCCACGAUUAAUUGAUUCGUCUGGGUGGCUGCUGCAACCGUACUUCUUCAUCUACCUUUAGUAUUUAUGUAGUGUGUGAUUAGGAAUGUGGGUAUAGUGUUUGUAGUGUAAGAUAACAUAGAUCUGUGUCUCUUCUGCUGUUUGUGAAUUACAAGUCUAUGAUACGGCGGCCAGCUCUAGAACCCAAAGUUCUUGCUAUAGCGUUGUGGCAAAGCUUGCUUGUGUUUAUGUGUUUAU